AAUUCAAUGUCACUCAAAGUGUCGCUGAAAAACAUAAGCCGUUUCGCAUAAUUCAUAAUUCAAGCUUCUAUUGAUUUGUUUUUUUAGAUUUUUUUGACAAAAUGAGUGAACGCUGCAAUUAUUUAUCAGCGAUUAUAUCGAAUAUCCAAGAAAAUAUGGAGGAUUCGAACACUGCGGCCUUACGUAGAAUGGCAAAGGGCUUCGCUAAGAUUGAGCGUUACAUGCACGGACAAGAGCCGGGUAUUUUUGAGCUUGUUAUAAAAUGGUGCGAAACGUUUUUGAACAUUCAGGAUCUUAUCAAUCCCCAUGAAGACAGACUGAUGAAACUUUAUGAAAAUAUAGCAAUAACAGUCAUCACAUACAUAAUAGGAUAUUUGCAAUAUACCACUGAUGAUAUUGCAGAUUAUCAUUACAAUUUGUUACUAAUUUUGGAUAGACUUUUGCACAAUCUUCCACCAGAUAUUCUAGCAAAAUGCAACAAUUUUGCAUCUGGGACCUUAGCUUGUCUAUGGAAACCCAAUGCAUAUGGAAUAAAUUACAAAACACAACUAUUAAUCUUAAAAACUUUUUCGAUAUUGAUGAAGUACACAGAAAGAUGUAAAUGGGAACGGGAAUUUGAAGCAAUUAAAAAUAAACACUUUAUAAUUAAUGAAAAUGAGCUGAUAAAUCUCAUUAUGGAAACCCAGCACUUGCCAUUAAUUUUAAAGACACAACGAGAGUUUUUAAAUGACUACAAUUGCAUACAGAGUUAUAGCCCAAAUGUGUCCUUCUACUGUAAUUUUAUUGCCAUUGGAAAUGAUUACGAAAUUUUUAAACGCCUGAAUUAUGACAAAUUUUGGAUAGAUCUAAAUAAGAAGUCACUAUCAUUUGAAGGACGUUUUAAGGCUGGCCCCAACUUAUCAUACCAAAACAUCGAAGGCAUAUUUGUUAUUGAAAAGAUAGAAAUCGAAAUGGAAAUGUUAUCGGUAUGCUUUAGCGACUCGAAUAUAAACAGUUUUCCUAUAUUAACAAAAGAGAAUAAAUUAAAAAUAUGGUUACCAAAUCAAGAAGUCGAACGCGUUCGAAGGCAAGAGGUUAUCCAGUACUAUUUAACGAAUGAAAUAAAUGAAGACAUUGAACAGUUAGACAACAACAACAAUAAUGUAAAUAAUAUCGAAGACAACUCAAUAUCAAAGAAUAUAAUUUCGAGAAGUGAGCCUCUUUCAGAUAAACAAGACUCCCUCAACGGAAUAAACACUGAAAAUUUUACAUCACAAGGUGGUAUUGAGAAUAUUAUAAAUAACAUGUCUCAAGAGUUGACGGUCAAUGUGGAUAUAAUGCCAACAAUCCCCCUGGAAACAAUGACUGCAAGUCUAAUAGAAAAUUCUUAUAUUUCACCAACGAUUUCUUCUCCGCUAACAACGAAAAAUCACAAAAAACUCUCAAAAAUACCUAAAACAAAACAUCCAUUAAGUAUGCUGUGUACAAAAAGGAAAAGGAAGGAUGAAAGCGAUGAGGAUUAUGUGCCAUAUAAAAAAGCGAAAAAGCGAUCAAAAAACAACAAUAGAAAAUGUUUGAAAACAAAUAACCUUUUAAAAAGGAAAAGUAAUAAAUACGCUGAAAUUAAUAUCAAUCUAUCUAACGAAGAUCAAUCGUGCGAACCAAAAGACCAAGUUAGCAAUGAUAUCACUAAUAUAACUGAAAGUCUUAUGCUGGGCAAUGAUUGUCUAAUUCAGGAUAAUGAAAAACACCCUCAAACUAAUGUUACCGAAAAUCUAAUGCAAGAUUAUCCUUGGCUUAUUCAAGAUUGUGAAAAUCAUUUCCAAGCUAUUUCAAAUUCUAAGAAGGGAACUGCUAACAAUGUGGUUAAUUUAAAAAAUAACUGUUUAGAAGAUCAUCUGGAAUGCUCUGAUUUUCAGACAUUUAGAGAUGGUAUUGAAAGAAAAUCGUUACAUAGCUCACAUAAUAAUGUAAAUAAAGACACAUUUUUGGAAGAAGAAUGUUCAAUAUUAGAUUUACUAAGAAAUUGUCGAGAUGCUUCGUAUGAAUUUCCAGAAUUGCCAAUAAUACAAAAUUCGCAUAAUCUGAAUAUCCACAUGUCUCAACAUAAUAUCACACCUGAUGUCCUAAUCAGCAGAGCGGAUUUCAAUGGACAUAGUAAUGAAGUCAGCUCGUUUGAAGUGGAAAAAUACAAUAAUAACAAUGAUUCGCCGCAUAGAAGAAAUAACGUAACAUUAUUGGAUAUUAAAAAUGAGGAAAUUACAGAAAAUGGGAAAAAUAAUAUUAUAUCGAAUAGUCAAACCGCAACUUCUGAAACCAAGACACAAAACAAGUCUUAUGAAGUUUUAAAUUCUACGGAAAUGUUUGAUAAUAACAAAAUGGACAUAAUAGAGCACAAUAAUAACGAAUAUUUAUCCAACAAGGAAAACAAUAAGCCUAGAUAUAAAAACUCCGAAAAUAAUAAAAUAAGGAGAAGCCAAACACGUGCAAUAGAUAAGGCAAAUCAAAAUCAUAGAACCCCAAAGAAAAACACAAGUCAUUUGAAAACUAAAAUAAGUUUAGGAAAUCAUAAUACACACAAAAAUGAGUCGGAAGACUCUACAAUUGUGCUAAGUGAUGAUUCAAUGGAUUCUCCUGUUGCAAUUAUGACUUCCAGCAGAUACUUAAGGAAUUUAAGGAGAUCAAGUAUGAAUAAUAUUGAUUUACAUGAAAUAAAUAUUUCAAAGCAAAUUUCCAAAUUCACGUCAACAAUUAAAAGAAAACUAAAUCUUUUAAGACACAGUCUAAGUAAUAAUCCAGAGAUUGAUAAAGAAUAUGUUUGUGAAGUUACCAAAAGUAUCGUUGUGGUUUCGAAAAAACAACAGAAGGAAAUGCAAUCCUAUAUACAAGAUGUUGAAUGCCGGAAAGCACAUAUGGAAAUACAGUAUCAGACAUAUAUGCAAAGAAUUAAACAUAUUAAACGAUUUCAAUCUUACGCCGAACAAUUGUUAUGUUCCUUGCAAGGAAAUUCCUAUGUCAGUAUUGCCUUAACCGAAAAAUGUGAACAAUUGGUAAGAAGAUUUAAAAGAAUUGUUUAUGAAUCCGAAAUGAAACAUGGAGAAUAACAUUCAAUUUCGUUCUGUACCAUACAUGUUACUAUAUAUUUAAUUUGUUUCAAAGACCCAGUUUUUUACUUGUUUGUACAUUGCGUGUCAUGUGGCGAACCAUAUGAAUAAAUAAUGCUUUCCUAUCGUAAUUACAUUACGAAAGGAAAAUCCAAUUGUUGUGCUAAUCACAAGAUAGGGAUUCCAAACAACAAGUC